AUGUCUUCGGGAAUCUCUGUGUCGGAAAAAAGGGAAAAAUUUACGGUCUCUUUGCUGAUUAGGCUCAAGACAAAGAAGAGGCCGAGAUCGAGGAGGAGGAAGAAUGAGGGAUCAUCGGAGGUCGAAAAGGAGGUGAAUCCUACAAAUGGAAAGAUUAUUAAAAAGAAAAGACUAACUGCAAAAAUGUACAAAAAGUCUUUCCAAAAUUCUAAACAUAAAACGUUGUUAAAUGAAACUGAUGAUGUCCCCAAUGAAUCUGGUUCGGGUUCUAAACAUAAAAAACAAAGGGUUGCUUUAAAAGGAGGAGUUUCACAUGGCAAUCGAGAAGCUGAUCGCAAUUCGUCUCAUAUCUCUGCAGAGGAUGGUGUGAGUUGCGAGAUUGUGCUCAAUUCAGAUGAAGCUGUUGACGUUGAGCGUAAUUUGAGAGGUUUUUGUGCAAUAUGCAUGGCUGAUGGAGAUCUUUUAUUAUGUUCUAGACAAGGAUGCGGAAAGAAGUAUCAUCGCUCCUGUAUAGAUCCUUCUUCACCUCUUGUGUCUCUUGAAGCAUGGGUUUGUGGCUCUUGUACAAAGAACCAGAUAGAAUUUGGGAGUGUUGAUCUAUCUGCAUUUCAAUUUAAGGCAUCAACCAAAGUACCCAAUCAUGUACUUCCGUACGUUAAUAAACUUCGUGAUUAUUGGCACCGCGGUCGAAAUGCUGUUUGCUUUGAUACCCAGGACCGACUACUUAAGGUGGUCUUUUUUGUAAUAUCCUUGCUGGAUAACAUGAAGAAGCCUAUUUUAAUCAUAGCUGCUUCAAAUGCCAUUUCCUUGUGGGAAGCCAAAUUUUCAAAAUGGUCUAAGCUCACUAAUGUCGUAACAUAUAAAGGGAGCGAACAUGUGCGGGCAACCAUUAGAACAUCGAAGUUUUAUCAUGAAAAUGAGUCUAUGAAGUUUCAAGUGCUUUUAUCUACUCCAGAUGUCAUUGUUGAGGACCUGGAAGCGCUUGGUCAUAUUAAAUGGCAAUUGAUUGUGAUAGACCAGUGCCAGCGCCCCUCAAUUUCAACACAAUGUAUGAAAAUUAAGAGGCUUGUUUCUGAUAUGAAGCUACUAACAAUUACUGGUGAUAUAGUGGACUACCAAAAUAUUAUUUCAUUGCUUGAUUCUAAAUAUGACGAGAUACAUACAAAUGCCGCCAAGAAAACUAGUGAGGACGCUGAUGCAUUAAAAACUAUAUUGUCGCCUUUUAUCGCAUUUGAGUGCAAAGACAACACUUGUGAGCUUGUAGAGUAUUGGGUCCCGGCUCAUCUUUCUCAUAUGCAAAUUCAACAAUAUUGCUCAUUAUUAAAUUCCAAGUUGGGGGCACUCUCUUCAUCUCGAAUACAUAACUCAUCACUUCAUGACAUUAUCACCCAAACACAAAAGUGUUGUGACCACCCGUAUCUGGUGGAUCCUACUUUGCGUAACUCUUCUAAAAGAGAUUCUUCAGGUGAUACAUUGAGUGCUGACAUCAAUGUUAGCGGCAAACUACAACUUCUUGACAGAUUUCUGUUAAAGAUUAAACAGAGUGGGUUAAGAGUGCUUGUUCUUUACCAGUCAGUGGUUAGCUCAGAAAAGAUAUCCAUUGGAGAUAUUUUGGAUGAUCUUGUUUAUCGAAGAUUCGGCCAAGAUUUUUAUGUACGGGUCCCAGAGAAAGUUAUUUUCAGUUCUGCCCGAUAUAAGAAAAAGGAAGCAUUGGAAAUGUUCAAUCAUUUAGAGAGUACAAAGUUUAUAUGCUUACUUGAAUAUCGCUCUUGUCAUUCAAGCAUUACACUUUCACGUGUAGAUGUGGUGAUACUGUUCAACAGCAAUUUGAACCCCUCAAAUGAUAUAAGAUCCUUGCAGAAGAUUACCUACGAAUCACUUCGUCAUCCUUUGAUUGUUUUCCGCUUAUAUUCAUCAUUCACCAUCGAAGAAAAGGCACUAAUUCUUUCCAAGCAAGGCACCACUCUUGACAUCAAUGUUAACAAUAUUAGUUGGAUCAUUUGCCAACAACUUCUAUCCUGGGGUGCCUCCCACUUAUGCAGUAAGAUCGAAAGGUCCAAAAGCUUUCGAGCUUCAUCAUCAGAAAGAUUCUUCAUGGAUAAGUUGGUUCGGGAGUUGUCAUCUCUGUUGCGGAACAAGAGUGGCAAUAUAAAUCCCUCAAACUACUCAAUCAUAUCGCCUGUAAAUCUGGAAGAUGGAGCUUAUACAAGUAGUAUCUUAUUGUUAGGUGAGACAGAAGCCCACACAUUGGAAAGAGGAUUAAUUGAGCAAGACUUGAUUGCAAGUGGACAUAUCAAUUUUUGGACUAAUUUGCUAUUACUGAGUCAUCAAAGACAGAAUAAUUUGUGUAGCAGAAUAUCUCGGAGGGUAAAAAAGUCAACCAAAUACAGUCGUGGCGGGUUUCAAAGGUUUGAAGAUUCUGCAAUUACUAUCCCUUCUUUCAAGACAAAGCCUAGAAGUAAGAAAAAGGGACAUCAUAAAGCCAAGCAAAGUAAACUGCCAGGGAGCUGUGCACAGGUUGACGUUCAUCAAUCAUCUGAAAUGUUACCAGCCCCAGUCCAGGGUGAAAUUCAACGAGAAUUACCAGAGUGCAAUCUGACCAAGUUAUCUAGUUGUUCACUUUCACAACCAGAUGCACAAGUACCAGUAAUACCAUCAACAAGUAUUUCUGAUUCAGCUGCUUUAAAUCCGAGAAUAAAUAUUUUUCAACACAAUCAAUCUACGAAUACUUUUAGCUCCACGACGCCUCUUGAAACAGAAUUAAAAAGAGUUCAGAAGGAGCUAGAGCAAGUCACCAAGUUACAACAGGAAAAGAGAUUGGUGCUCCUUUCUGAAUGUGAAAGAGAGAUAUUAGAGAUACGCAAGAAAUAUGAUGCUUUAGUCGAAGAAUCUACAAUGAGUUUAAUGAAUCAAAUGAAGAAUAUUGAGGAAUAUUACAAGCUUCUAUAUGCCAAUAAUCAAUUGGCUGAGCUUUGGGCACAUGCUUGUGACAAUAAUCCCGAUGGAACUUUUUUGAAGGAAGCAAAUAAAGAAAUAAGCUCAGCCAGAGUUCCCGCAACCCCUGCAUCUGCACUUGUACGUCCAGCAAACCCAUGUUCAACCAGCGGUGCCAACACUUCUUUCUCUGGGCCUAGUCGAGGCAGACUAGAAUUACGUCGCGCAGCCCCUCAUCUAAGUUCAAACCCAUCAUUAUUUGUAUCGCCUCACAGCCUACCGUCGAUACCAGAACCUUCUUUUCUUGAUCCAUUGCCCACUUUAUCAACUCCCCAAACGCUGCCAUGUAUUCAAAUAGAUUCGAAGAAUGGGAUUUAUCAAGUAGAUGCAGGUCUGCCCAAGCUUCCAUUGAGUUGA